CCCGUGUCCCCGCGGGUUGGCGGAGCUACGGUAGGAAUGCACUGGGGGAACACACAUGGGCACCACGUCCCACAUAAGCGCUGCCCCUCCCACCCCCAGAUGUCACCGUCCUUGCCUGCCACCAUCAACAUCCGUGAGCCCCGCUGGGACCAGAGCACCUUCCAGGGCCGGGCCAAGCACUUCUUCAUGGUGACCGACCCCCGAAACCUGCUGCUCUCGGGGGCCACGCUGGAGGAGGCCCGCCGGGUGGUGGAGGACUACAGGGCGGGCAGGAUACCCCCAGGGCUGACAGAGGACCAGCUUUGGAAGGCAAAGUACAUCUACGACUCAGCUUUCCACCCGGACACGGGCGAGAAGAUGCUCCUCGUGGGACGCAUGUCUGCCCAGGUCCCCAUGAACAUGACCAUUACUGGAUGCAUGUUGACCUUCUACAGAACCACGCCGGCCGUGCUGUUCUGGCAGUGGGUCAACCAGUCCUUCAAUGCUGUUGUCAAUUACACCAACCGCAGUGGGGAUGCACCCAUCACCCCCAGCCAGCUGGGGACAGCCUAUGUGAGUGCGACCACGGGGGCAGUUGUCACAGCGCUGGGGCUCAAAUCCCUCACCAAGCACUUGCCAGCCAUCAUCGGGCGGUACGUGCCUUUUGCAGCUGUGGCUGCUGCCAACUGCAUCAACAUCCCACUGAUGAGGCAGAGGGAGCUCAAGCUGGGGAUCCCAGUCACGGAUGAGAACGGGAACCGCCUGGGCGAGUCCACGGCCGCAGCCCAGAAGGCCAUUUUCCAGGUGGUGGUGUCCCGGGUCGGCAUGGCAGCCCCGGCCAUGGCCAUCCCCCCGGUGAUCAUGAACGCGCUGGAGAAGAGAGCUUUCCUGAAGCGGUACCCGUACCUGAACGCUCCGCUGCAGGUUGGCCUGGUGGGAUUCUGCUUGGUGUUCGCGACCCCCCUGUGCUGUGCACUGUUCCCUCAGAAAAGCUCGAUGCCAGUGAGUCGCCUGGAGCCUGAAGUCCAAGCUCAGAUACGGGAGAAAGACCCACAGCUGGAGACCGUCUAUUUCAACAAAGGGCUCUGAACCAGGGUCCCAGGGUGUCUGAGAUGUGCCAUGGAGCUGCCAGGCCAGGGCAUUGCUGAGCUUCACCCUUCAGAUCCCUUUGGGGCCAAAGCUGCUUUCCCUUGUCCAUCGCGUGUCCAUAGGUCCCUGCUUCCUGGGGUGCCCACAGCACUGGACUGAACCCUAUUCCCAUAGCCAGGCUUAGCGCUGCUUUGGAGAUCUCCUGGUUGUCACCCUGGUGUGCUGCUCCCAUGCUCACCCUGUGUAUGCCCAUAGCUCUGUGUGGUACAUGGGGUAACAUAGGCAGCUGCACCUUGUAAGCAGGGAUGUGGAGUGGAGAAGAAAAAGGUGCUCCCCAGCUUUAGGAGGCAGCAGACAAUUACAGCCAUUGGGGGCUGAAUCCUUCUGCAGGCACCCCGCAUUGCCCAGCGGUUCAGCAGCUGAUGCCUGGGGAAUGGCAGAGCAGUGUUGGGAGAGGAAAGCUCCCUAUUCCCAAAAUAGCCGUGGGUGAGUGAUUUCGAGUGCACGCAGUGGCUCAAACCCCUUUGUGCUCUCAGCUCACCCUCUGCUCUCUUCCUGGCUGCUCCAGGGAUUUAAUCUGGAUUUCUGCUCCUUCCAUCCCCAGAACAAAUGGCACAUUUUAAUCCCAGCAGAAAGUCCCUCUUUUUAUUCUCAUUUUAAUGCCAUCUCUGUUCAGGGCUGGGCUCCCCCGGAGGGGCCACCCUACCUGUUCCUGGAGUGCUUUGCUUUCAGGUGGACCUUCUCAAAUAGCUUUAAGUGCACUGUGGUUUCCUCUAGUUAUUUUUUAUAUACAUAUCAUAUACCUAUAUGUACCAAAUAAUAAAGGCAGAUUGUUCAUACAAAACCA